AAUCCACGCGCGCUGCGCUCCAUCGCGGCUUCGCGCAACACCGCACCGAACGAAAUGUAAACACAUUUUUUUUUAAUCAAAACUCAGUGCAAAGGAAUCAAGUGCCACACAAACAAAGUGUUUAACCACCAAAAAGUUCUACAAGACUCAGUGCGAAUUUUUCGACAACAGCGAACGGCAUUUAAAAGUUUCAAAUUUUACCGCCGUCGCGUAACGUGCUCGAAAUUAAAGCGCUCCCAGGUACUCGCGACUGACUGUAACUGAAGACAAUAAGAAUGCGACCGUGGGACCUAUUGGGCCAGUUCUGAACUGUGUCAGUGUGUGUGUGAAGUGUUGUGUUUGCACUAUGUGAUUGGACACACACACAAUGUGGGCGGCGGAGCUGAGUUGCUUUUUCAUAUUGUUCGGUGUAUCAGCCGGCGGCGGGGGCUGGGAGCCGCUGGGGCAGCCAUACUUCGACAACAGCACGAAGCGCGAAGCCACCGCCGCCGUCGGCCAGCCCGCGUAUCUACACUGCAGAGUCAGAAACCUUGCUGACAGAGCUGUAUCCUGGAUAAGAAAACGUGACCUGCACAUCCUAACAGUGGGUGUACAUACGUAUAGCAGCGACGCGCGGUUCGCGGCGCUCCACGCGGACGGCUCGGACGAGUGGACGCUAAGGGUAGCGCCGGCGCAGCCGCGGGACUCCGGCGCCUACGAGUGCCAGGUGUCCACUGAGCCUAAGAUCAGCUUGUCGUUUCGGCUAACAGUUGUUGUGUCAAAGGCCGAAAUCCUGUCCGGGCCCGAGUUGUUCGUCCGGGCUGGUUCGGACAUCAAUCUCACUUGCGUCGCCAAACACGCGCCGGACCCACCGAGCUUCAUCUACUGGUAUCGAGGAGAGCAAGUGGUGAACUACGCGCAGCGUGGAGGCAUCAGCGUGGAGACGGAGCAGCGAACGCGAACCAGUCGAUUACUGAUAGCACGCGCAGCGCCGCACGAUUCGGGGAACUACACGUGCGCGCCUAGUAGUUCUGGCUACUGGUACCGAGGCGAACAAGUGGUGAACUACGCGCAGCGUGGACAUGAAGUAGAGGGCACGAACCAGUCAGUUGCUGAUCGCACUCGCAGCGCCGCACGAUUCGGGGAACUACACGUGCGCGCCUAG